CGUCAUUUUGUCCGUGCGUGUGGGACUCCACGAACCUCUCUCCCUUGUCCUAACAACAUAGAAACUAUAAACAUUAUCACGCAAAGAAGAAAUUUCAAAAAAAUUGCUCUCAGAUAAAUUUCAAAACGAACAAACUAACACAGGGAGAGAAAACAAACUCAACCAAAUUCCUCAAGAGAGAGACAGGUUAGACUGUGACGACGACAAAUCCCACCGUUCUCUCUCAAUUUGUAUUUUGCUUAUUUUGUUGGAUUUGGUGGAGGGGAACAGAAGAAGUUGUUGAGUUGAUAGCCGGAAGAGCUAAAGUUGUGUUUGAAUUUCAAUAGUUGGCGACUCGAAGUUGGAGCUGAUCUGACUCAGUGAGUCAAAGCUCGGCCGCCGUUUUCUUGAUGAGCUGGAGAUCGACUCUUUGAGUUUUCAACUAUGGCAUCAUUAGUUAACAUUAUAGUGGGUUCUCAUGUAUGGGUUGAGGAUCCAGUGUUGGCAUGGAUUGAUGGAGAAGUAAAACGGAUAGAUGGCCAAGAUGUUCAUGUUCAAACUACAAAUGGGAAAAAGGUUGUUGCAAAUAUCACAAGAGUGUUUCCCAAGGACACAGAAGCACCACCCGGAGGUGAGGAUGACAUGACUAAGCUUUCAUAUUUGCACGAACCUGGUGUCCUACAAAACCUGGCUACUAGAUAUGAACUCAAUGAAAUUUAUACAUAUACUGGAAAUAUUCUGAUCGCAAUAAACCCUUUCCAAAGAUUGCCUCAUCUAUAUGAUACUCACAUGAUGGAGCAAUACAAAGGGGCUGCACUUGGAGAGCUCAGUCCUCAUGUGUUUGCUAUAGGAGAUGUUGCUUACAGGGCAAUGAUCAAUGAGGGAAAGAGCAACUCGAUUCUGGUUAGCGGAGAAAGUGGUGCCGGUAAAACCGAAACAACGAAAAUGCUGAUGCGAUAUCUUGCUUAUUUGGGUGGUCGAUCUGGAGUAGAAGGACGAACUGUUGAACAACAAGUUUUAGAAUCAAAUCCAGUUCUUGAAGCAUUUGGGAAUGCUAAAACCGUCAGGAAUAAUAAUUCCAGUCGUUUUGGUAAAUUUGUUGAAAUUCAAUUUGAUAAAAGUGGGAGAAUCUCUGGAGCAGCCAUUAGAACUUACUUGCUGGAGAGAUCCCGUGUUUGCCAAAUAUCAGAUCCUGAAAGAAAUUAUCAUUGCUUUUAUCUUCUAUGUGCAGCACCUCCUGAGGAAAGGGAGAAAUAUAAGCUAGGAAGCCCAGAAACUUUUCAUUAUCUCAACCAGUCCAAAUGUUAUAAACUUGAUGGCGUAAAUGAUACAGAAGAAUAUCUCGCAACCAGAAGGGCUAUGGAUAUAGUCGGAAUCAGUGAGGAAGAGCAGGACGCAAUAUUUAAAGUGGUUGCUGCGAUUCUUCAUCUUGGUAAUAUUGAAUUUGCUAAGGGUAAAGAGAUUGAUUCUUCGGUUAUCAAGGACGAGAAGUCAAGGUUUCAUCUUGAUAUGACUGCUGAAUUGCUCAAAUGUGAUGCCAAGAGCUUGGAGGAUGCUAUGAUUAAGCGUGUAAUGGUAACACCUGAGGAAAUUAUCACAAGGACCCUUGACCCAGAAGCUGCACUGGGUAGCAGGGAUGCUCUUGCAAAGACUAUAUAUUCUCGGCUAUUUGACUGGAUAGUGGAAAAGAUAAAUACAUCCAUUGGUCAGGAUCCACACUCGAAAGCAAUAAUUGGGGUUCUUGACAUAUACGGUUUUGAGAGUUUUAAGCACAACAGUUUUGAGCAGUUCUGCAUCAAUUUCACCAAUGAAAAACUGCAGCAACAUUUUAACCAGCAUGUUUUCAAGAUGGAACAAGAAGAUUAUGAAAAAGAGAAGAUAGACUGGAGCUACAUAGAGUUUGUUGAUAACCAAGAUGUUCUUGAUCUAAUUGAGAAGAAACCAGGAGGAAUAAUUGCACUACUAGAUGAAGCUUGUAUGUUUCCUAAGUCUACCCAUGAGACAUUUGCUCAGAAGUUGUAUCAGACCUUUGCUAAAAACCAGCGUUUCAUCAAGCCCAAGCUUUCACGUACCAGUUUCACAAUAUCUCACUAUGCUGGGGAGGUAACUUAUAUGGCAGAUCUGUUCCUGGAUAAGAACAAAGAUUAUGUUGUUGCAGAACAUCAAGAUUUAUUAACAGCCUCAAAGUGCACUUUUGUUGCUGGUUUAUUUCCUGCUCUUCCUGAAGAAUCAUCUAAAUCUUCGAAAUUUUCUUCCAUAGGAUCACGCUUCAAGCUGCAACUACAAUCUUUAAUGGAAACCUUAAGUUCGACAGAACCUCACUAUAUCAGGUGUGUAAAACCAAAUCAUGUGCUGAAGCCUGCGAUUUUCGAGAAUCUUAAUGUAAUUCAGCAACUGCGGUGUGGUGGUGUUCUUGAGGCUAUCAGAAUCAGUUGUGCUGGAUACCCCACUAGACGUACAUUUGACGAGUUUCUUCUCCGAUUUGGUGUUCUCGCCCCUGAAGUUUUGGAAGGAAACUCUGAUGACAAGGUUGCAUGUCAGAUGAUUUUGGAUAAAAUGGGAUUGAAAGGAUAUCAAUUAGGUAAGACAAAAGUGUUCCUACGAGCUGGCCAGAUGGCUGAGCUGGAUGCAAGGAGAGCAGAAGUUCUUGGAAAUGCAGCCAAAACAAUUCAAAGGCAAAUCCGUACCUAUAUUUCUCGGAAAGAAUUCGUCUCAUUGCGCCAUGCUGCCAUCCUUUUACAAUCUUCUUGGAGAGCUAUAUCUGCUCGCAAACUCUAUGAAGAAUUGCGGUCUGAAGCAGCCUCUCUGAAGAUUCAGAAGAACUUCAGGUGUCAUAUUGCUCGGAAAUCCUACCAAAGAUUGCAGCAUUCUGCUAUCAUAGUGCAGACUGGCAUGAGAGCAAUGAUUGCUCGCAAUGAAUUCAGAUUCAGGAAGCAGACUAAGGCUUCAAUCAGGAUUCAGGCUCACUUGCGCUGUCAUAGAGAAUAUGCUUAUUACAAGAGUCUCCAGAAGGCUGCUAUUGUUACCCAAUGUGGUUGGCGGCGACGAGUAGCACGCAAAGAGCUUAGAAUGCUUAGAAUGGCUUCAAGGGAAACUGGAGCCCUGAAAGAAGCCAAAGAUAAGCUAGAAAAGAAAGUAGAGGAGCUUACGUGGCGCUUGCAGUUUGAGAAGCGACUUAGGACAGAGUUGGAGGAUACAAAAGCACAAGAAACUGCAAAAUUACAGGAGGCUUUGAAAGCAAUGCAAAUACAGGUAGAGGAAGCAAAUGCUCGAGCAUUAAAAGAACGAGAAGCUGCAAGAAAAGCAAUUGAAGAAGCUCCUCCAGUCAUUAAAGAAACCCCAGUUGUGGUUCAAGACACAGCAAAGAUUGAUGCACUGGCAGUCGAGAUAGAGACUCUGAAGGCUUCAUUGCAAUCAGAAAAAGUCACUGCAGAAGAGGCCAAAAAGGCUUGUUCAGAUGCUGAGAUUAGAAAUAUAAAUUUGGCAAAAAAGCUCGAGGAAGCAGAGGGUAAAGUGGAUAAGCUUCAAGAUUCCAUACAGAGGCUUGAGGAGAAGCUAUCGAACUCCGAGUCUGAGAAUCAAGUGCUUCGUCAACAAGCUUUGACCAUGUCACCGACAGGGAAGGCUAUAUCUGCCCGGCCCAGGAUGACUAUACUUCAGAGAACGCCAGAGAAUGGUAAUGUUCUUAAUGGAGAAACAAAGUCUAAACAUGAAACGGCACUUGCUAUGGCGAAUCCCAAGGAGCCUGAAACUGAGGAAAAACCUCAGAAGUCUCUCAACGAGAAGCAGCAAGAGAACCAGGACCUCCUGAUAAAGUGUAUCUCUCAAGAUUUGGGAUUUUCCAGUGGCAAACCCAUUGCUGCAUGUGUCAUUUACAAAUGCCUUCUCCACUGGAGGUCAUUUGAGGUUGAGAGGACCGGUGUGUUUGACCGUAUAAUUCAAACCAUUGGUUCAUCAGUUGACGUUGCCGACAACAAUGAUGUGCUAGCCUAUUGGUUAUGUAAUACAUCUACACUGCUGAUGCUGCUACAACACACACUAAAAGCAAGUGGAGCAGCUAGCUUGACCCCUCAAAGGCGAAGGUCAUCAUCGGCUUCUCUUUUAGGGAGGAUGUCUCAAGGAUUAAGGGCAUCCCCUCAAGGUGCUGCUGGACUUUCGUUCCUCAAUAAUCGGUUGCUUGGUAGACUUGAUGACUUGCGGCAAGUUGAGGCGAAAUAUCCUGCUUUAUUGUUCAAGCAGCAGCUUACUGCCUACCUCGAGAAGAUAUAUGGAAUGAUCAGGGACAAUCUAAAGAAAGAGAUUUCCCCUUUGAUUGGUUUGUGCAUCCAGGCACCUCGAACAUCUCGUUCAAGUUUAGGUAAAGGACGUUCCCAAGCUAAUGCUGUUGCUCAACAAGCGGUUAUUGCUCACUGGCAGAGCAUCGUAAAGUGCCUAGAUAAGUACUUGAAAACGAUGAAUGCAAAUUAUGUUCCUGCAUUCCUUGUGCGGAAGGUUUUUGCUCAAACAUUCUCAUUUAUCAAUGUCCAAUUAUUCAACAGUCUUCUUUUACGACGCGAGUGCUGCUCAUUCAGUAAUGGCGAGUAUGUGAAAGCAGGGUUGGCUGAAUUAGAGCAAUGGUGUUGUUAUGCAACUGAGGAAUAUGUUGGCUCAUCUUGGGAUGAACUGAAGCAUAUCAGACAGGCUGUUGGAUUUUUGGUUAUACAUCAAAAGCCCAAGAAGACCUUAAAUGAAAUCACAAAUGAGCUUUGCCCGGUUUUAAGCAUACAACAAAUAUACAGGAUUAGCACGAUGUAUUGGGAUGACAAAUAUGGCACUCAUAGCGUUGCUCCAGAUGUCAUUUCGAGCAUGAGAAUCAUGAUGACAGAGGACAACAACAACAACGCUCUGAGCAGCUCGUUCUUGCUAGACGACGACUCAAGCAUUCCAUUCUCCAUCGAUGACCUGUCUAAAUCCAUGCCAACCGUAGAAGUGGCUGAUGUCGAACCUCCCCCAUUGAUCCGCGAAAACUCCGGCUUCGUCUUCUUGCAUCAACGAUCCGAUUGAUGAUGGCUGGCUGCAAGGAAGUAUGGAUGUGGUUGAAUCUGCUGCAAGUGAACCAAUAUGCAGAUAUUUUGUGCAUACAUUAGUAUUACUAUGUCCGAAGUGAAUUGUAUAUUUUCAUUACAAUUUGCUUGAACGACAGUCAUUAGUCGUUUUGUUGGUCAAUUCAAUAUUUUUUUUUCCUCCUCCCAACUUUUCAACUGUGAGGAGACAUUAUUAGAAGUUAGAAGAUUGUAGGGUUUUUGAUCUUGAUGUGCAAGGUAUGCUUGCCAUGUUUCUUGUUUUGGUGUAAAAAUGACAGAAACUGGUGUUGCUUGUUAUUAGUCUUAAAAGUAAUUAAUAUAAGGGUAUUGUAUUUUUCUUA